AUGUGGCAUCCGGCUCUGGGACCAGGCUGGAAGCCGCUGCUGGCGCUGGUGCUGGUGCUGGCGCUGACCAGCCUGCGAGGGGCGACAGCCUCUGAGGCGGAACCCAGCGCAGAUGAGAGCUUCCAGGUGGUCACCUUCAAAUGGCACCACGUCCAGGAUCCAUACAUCAUCGCGCUUUGGAUCCUAGUGGCCAGUUUGGCCAAAAUCGUCUUUCAUCUGUCCCACAAGGUCACCAGUAUCGUCCCUGAGAGUGCUCUGCUCAUCGUUCUGGGCCUGGUGCUGGGCGGCAUCGUCUGGGCAGCUGACCACAUUGCGUCCUUCACACUCACACCCACGGUCUUCUUCUUCUACCUGCUGCCCCCCAUCGUAUUGGAUGCUGGAUAUUUCAUGCCCAAUCGACUCUUCUUUGGUAACCUGGGCACCAUUCUGCUAUAUGCUGUUAUUGGCACUAUAUGGAAUGCAGCCACCACAGGACUGUCCCUCUAUGGUGUUUACCUCAGUGGCAUCAUGGGUGACCUGAAGAUUGGACUCCUGGAUUUCCUGCUUUUUGGUAGCCUCAUUGCUGCUGUGGACCCUGUGGCUGUGCUGGCUGUGUUUGAGGAAGUCCACGUCAAUGAAGUUCUUUUCAUCAUUGUUUUCGGAGAGUCACUGCUGAAUGAUGCAGUGACUGUGGUCUUGUACAAUGUUUUUGAGUCUUUUGUGACGCUCGGUGGUGACAAGGUGACUGGCGUGGAAUGUGUGAAAGGCAUAGUGUCCUUCUUCGUGGUGAGCCUAGGGGGGACUCUGGUGGGUGUUAUCUUCGCCUUCCUGCUGUCCCUGGUGACUCGCUUCACCAAGCAUGUGCGAAUCAUCGAGCCUGGCUUCGUCUUUGUCAUUUCCUACCUGUCCUAUCUGACCUCCGAGAUGCUGUCCUUGUCAGCCAUCCUGGCCAUCACCUUUUGUGGAAUCUGCUGUCAGAAGUACGUGAAGGCCAAUAUCUCAGAGCAGUCGGCCACCACUGUGCGCUACACCAUGAAGAUGCUUGCCAGUGGAGCAGAGACCAUUAUCUUCAUGUUCCUGGGCAUCUCAGCUGUGGACCCACUCAUUUGGACAUGGAACACGGCUUUUGUGUUGCUGACGCUGGUCUUCAUUUCUGUAUACCGAGCCAUUGGUGUUGUUCUGCAGACCUGGAUCCUGAAUCGUUACCGCAUGGUGCAGCUAGAGACCAUUGACCAGGUGGUCAUGUCCUAUGGUGGCCUGCGUGGGGCAGUGGCCUAUGCCUUGGUGGUACUUCUGGAUGAGACAAAAGUCAAGGAGAAAAAGCUGUUUGUCAGCACCACUCUCAUCGUGGUCUUCUUCACAGUCAUCUUUCAGGGUCUGACAAUUAAGCCCCUGGUGCAGUGGCUGAAGGUGAAGAGGAGUGAGCAGCACGAGCCAAAGCUCAACGAGAAGCUACACGGCCGGGCUUUUGACCACAUCCUCUCUGCCAUUGAGGACAUCUCAGGACAAAUUGGACACAAUUAUCUCAGAGAUAAAUGGUCCAAUUUUGAUAGGAAGUUCCUCAGCAAAGUCCUCAUGAGAAGAUCGGCUCAAAAAUCUCGAGAUCGGAUUCUGAAUGUUUUCCAUGAGCUGAAUUUGAAGGAUGCCAUUAGCUACGUGGCUGAGGGAGAGCGCCGUGGGUCCCUGGCCUUCAUCCGUUCCCCGAGUAUGGACAAUAUGGUCAACGUGGACUUCAGCACACCCCGCCCAUCUACUGUGGAGGCAUCUGUCUCCUAUCUCUUGAGGGAGAAUGUCAGCGCUGUGUGCCUGGAUAUGCAGUCCUUGGAGCAGAGGCGGAGGAGCAUCCGUGACACUGAGGACAUGGUCACUCACCACACACUGCAGCAGUACCUGUACAAGCCUCGACAGGAGUACAAGCAUCUCUAUAGCCGGCAUAAGCUAACACCCAAUGAGGAUGAAAAACAGGACAAGGAAAUCUUUCACAGAACCAUGAAGAAGCGCAUGGAGUCCUUUAAGUCAGCUAAGCUAGGCAUCAACCAGAACAAGAAGGCAGCCAAGCUGUACAAGAGGGAGCGUGCACAGAAGCGGAGGAAUAGCAGCAUUCCUAAUGGGAAGCUGCCUACAGAGAACCCGGCACACAACUUCAUCAUCAAGGAGAAAGAUUUAGAACUUUCAGAGCCCGAGGAGACCACCAACUAUGAAGAGAUCACUGGGGGCAUUGAGUUUCUGGCCAAUGUCACCAAGGAUGUAACCUCUGAAUCUGGGGCAGGAAUUGAUAAUCCCGUGUUCUCCCCUGACGAGGACCUGGACCCAAGCAUCCUAUCCAGGGUGCCGCCCUGGCUGUCCCCUGGGGAGACCGUGGUGCCCUCUCAGAGGGCCCGUUUCCAGAUUCCCAACUCUCCCAGCAACUUCCGCCGUCUGACACCAUUCCGCCUCAGCAACAAAUCAGUGGAUUCCUUCCUGCUGGCUGAUGGCCCCGAGGACCAGCUCCAUCCCGCUUCCCCUGAGUCCACACACAUGUAA